AGCAGGGAGGGCAGUUAUUGUGCAUCGACUAUCAAAACUAUAUCAGUGAGUUCUUGCAGCCGCCGGCGCUCAGUACACGCGCGCAUCGCCUGCGCGCUCACACGUGAACCAGCGAAAGUGAAAUUCAAAGAAAAUGAUAGUGUUACUUGUAUUUUGUCUGUUCUAUACGACGUAUGCCAUUCCAAACGAUCAAACGCAAAUUGAACGAUACAACAACAAAGUGAAAUCAUACCAAAUUGAUGUACCGGGUAAGGAACCCAUAACGAUAAUUGAAGCGGGACGUUUCGAAGAUUUAGAAGAAAAGAGCGAUGAUGAUUUAAUAAUUAAAGAUCUUAUGACUCCAGUUAACGAGUCUCCUGGAAACAGACCUCGUUGCUAUGGCCCGUCAUGUCAAGAAGGAUUUAUGGAGGACGAAGACCCUCAAGACAUGGAUGAUCAUAAAAUGGAUAAUUUAGACAAAUUGAAAAAUUUUGGGGAUAUUUCAAAUGAGCGGCUACAAGCAAUAGCAGCUUUAGCUGCGAAGUUAAAGAAACAAAAUAUUAAGGCGGAUAGAUUCACUUCUAUCAGUGGCGAAGAGGCAGAUGAUGAUAAUGGCAAAGUAUUUACAACGUGGAAUCGUCUUAAGGUUAAGCAACAUAAGCAUCCCUACGAUGAUAAAGAUGGGUGGGUGACCUUAGAACCAGUAGCAUGGUCAUCUAGUAAGAUUUCAAAGUGGAAACCUAAUGUUAAGAAACAAAAACCGAGUUAUUGGAAUGAAGACGAAGACACAAAAUUUUCAUCAGACGAUAAGUAUUCUUCUUACCCUGAUAUGGAAAGUGAUAGUAAUAAGUUUUCUUACAACUAUCCACAGAAAAAACCCACUUUGAGUAGACCGGGUUUUAUAAAUAACAAAUUGCAUAUUCCUCCUGAAUAUGAUACUGAAUUACCGUCAAAGCCAACAUGGACAAAGAAUAAGAUUCCUUCGCAACAGCAACAAUCUCUGCACAAUUUACAGCUAUCUUGGUCUCCCGAUGACAGCAGGCGCCCGUAUAGACCAAACUGCGAUAGAAAUGAAAAUUAUCCCAACGAAGAUAACAUGUACUAUGGAGCAUCGGAUUCUGUAGUUACAGAUUCCCGCCCUUCCAAUUUUCCAUAUGAAUACGAAGCAUUGCAUCAAUCAUCCAUGCAAAGACGGCCAAUGCGACGUCCUACACAAGUAAUAUAUGCUGACGCUGAACCAGAGGAUGAUCGUUCUUCACGACCGCCUUACGGUGAUGGACAAUGGGUACUAUUAUCGACUACCAAGGGUUAUAGAAAUAAAAAGCGACAUCGUUCCCUCGACAUACCAGAACAAAACAGUGACGUACCUACAAUAACAUCACACCAAUCUGUGUCUCUUACGGUGUUACCAAUGGAAGACGCCCAUACAAAUAUGACCACAUCGCAUGGAGGUUUAUUGGAAGUUGAAAGAAGUUUCCAGACUGUAGAAGAGUCAAAACAAGAUAUGGAUAAAAUGACUUACUUACAAGAUGAAGCAUCCGAAGUGAGACCUGUUAAGAAUAAGGUGAUACGAAAGAAGUUAGUCCCGAGUAAUAAUUCACCUGAUAGUUCGACGGUUUUGGCUGCUGUUGGAGCGGGUAUGCUUCCAGCUACCAUGGCUAUGGUCGUACCCAUGAUGUUAGGUAAAAAACGAAGAAGAAGGGAAUUAAAUGAUGUCCAUUUGUACCAAUUAUUAGAUAACAAUAACUAAGGAUAUUUAGUUAUAUCUAUUUAUUUUAGUUUAAGUUAAAUCCAAAAAUGCGUGACUGUGAUUGUAUUGUGUGGUUUUGUUAUGUGUGUGAUUAAAUUAUUAUUAGAAUAUGUAUAAUAUUAAGGUCCAUGAAAUAAAACUACU